UGAAAAGGACCCACUAUUCAUUAUUCAUUGCAAAAAUUUCAUCCUUCAUUAUGCAAUCCCUAUACAUAAUACAUGUGUAUUUAUACACUCAAAUUACCAAUUUGCCCCUGACCCAAGAACUCCAGAAACCACACCCCCUUGAAGGGUAUCCACAAGCACUAUAAUUGCCAAAGAGUAACCAAAAAAACAGACAUUUUAGCCAUCUCUCUCCCUCUCCCACUCCCUUAUAUCUCCCAAGUCUCUCCCACAAAAUCAUAUAUUUCAAUUCCCAUUUCUUUAUUACCCAAAAAGAAAAAAAAUCAUUAAAGAAAAGGGUAACUGAGAAAUUUAGAAAAGAAGAUAAGCAUAGAGAAGACAUGUUAAGGAUGCAAGAAGAGCCGCCGUCACAACCACCGUUGGCGGCGGCGGCGGCAACCACUACAACCGGCAGUGUUGCGUCUUCGCCGUUGCCGUCACCGCCGCCUUCGGCGGCAUCUUCUCCGUCUCAUGAGUUCUCUUUCACCAUAUCCCUCCACGCGCCGUCGUCCACAAAACCUGCCGCCGCCGCCUGCGGCGGCGGCAGCAAAACCGCCAAAUCCUCCCCCGCUUCAUUCGCCGUAGAUUUAUCGCCGGCGGACGAAAUUUUCUUCCACGGCCAUCUCCUCCCUCUCCACCUCCUCUCCCACCUCCCCGUGUCCCCACGCUCCUCCACUACCUCCAUGGACAGCUUUACCCUCCCCAUAAAAGACCAAAACUUCCAAACCGCCAUAACCGCCCAACAAACAUCCAACGACGACCAAACAACCGACGCGAAAUCGAAACCUAAAUCCUUUUCCCUGUUCGGUCUCCCGAAACGGCGAAAAUCCUGCGAGGUUCGAGACAACAAAGAAGACAAGGAAAAACAUUGGAGGAAGCUAAAGUACGACGUAACGCAAGCCGUGAAACGCUACAUUCGAAUGGUCCGACCGCUCUUAUCCUUGAAAGGGAGGAGAAGGAGAAGCGUGGAGUUUCACCGCCAAACUCAUUCGUUUUCGGGAAAUUUAAUAAAUAUGAGAAGAGGGAACCGAAGCUCCGAUAUUAUUAGAGGGUUCCGAGGGGAAUAUUCGGCGCCGGCGUCCACGAGAACAUCGCCGACCAAUAGCGGUCUCCUCGUUGCGCCUUCGACGUUUUCUUCUCCGAGCGAUAGCACCAUGGAAGAACUGCAAGCUGCAAUCCAAGCCGCCAUUGCUCACUGCAAGAAAUCCAUUGCAAUGGAGGAGAAUAUCAAAUGCCAAGAAAACUAGGGCACAUUUGUUCUAAUGGAGUCUCCAAUGAUGAUCCAAAACAUUAAUGUCCAGAUAAGGUUGGCAGAUCAUAGUACUUCAAUUUUAUCUUCCAUUAUUCAUC